AUGUCGAAUUUUGAGGACAUAAUCAGAGAAGCUUGCAGUAGCAGAGAUAUUGCAGGUGCAGUGCUGGUAGGGGGAGAUAGCUCUGGAAAAUCGUAUUAUGCCAAAGCCUUCGGAUCUCAGUCUCUUGAGGAUCCCUCGAAGCCUAUGAAUUUGGACAGUGUCAUGUGGUUUGCUUCCUGCACAAAACUAUUCACAACCAUCGCGGCAUUACAAUGUGUUGAGCGAGGACUUUUGGAUCUAGACGGCGAUAUCUCAGGGAUCUUACCAGAAUUCAAGGGUGUACAAAUCUUGACGGGUUUUGAUGAAGAAAGUGAGAAGCCAAUCUUAAUAGAUAACCAUAAAACUAUAACGCUGCGACAUCUUUUAACCCACUCAUCUGGACUGGGAUAUGACGUUUUCGAUCCGUUGCUUUCACGGUACACAGAAUACACCAGUAAAGGCUCGCCUAUGCCCACAGAUGGAGAAGUUCUAGUCAAAGAACGCUUUAAAUUCCCACUUCUAUUUGCCCCUGGUGAGUCAUGGGGCUAUGGAGUUGGUAUUGACUGGGCUGGUCAGAUGGUGGAAAGAGUCAAUGACAACAUGUCCUUGGAAAGAUACAUCAGAAAGAACAUAUGGGGGCCUCUUGGUAUGGACAGCAUAACCUUUCACCCGACUCAACACCCAGAGAUUUUUUCAAGAUUAAUCACAAUGAGUCAACGAGAAGGAGGUGUCAAUCAGUAUGGAACAACUGACAAUCCCACGGGUAAAGUCAAAUAUACCAGUCAAGUACCAUUUGAUCCAGCUACCAAAGACUGUCAAGGAGGCGCUGGGUCAUUCGGAAGUCCCGUUGAUUAUUUCAAGUGUUUAAAAAGCAUUUGUGCCAAUGAUGAGAAAUUACUAAAAUCAGAAACUGUGAAUGAGAUGUUCAAGCCGCAGCUGAGUGAAGCCUCAAGAAAGGGCUUGAUGAAGAGCCUUUCUAUCCCAGAACUUAAUGCAUGUUUUGGUGCAUUUCCUAAGGGAUUGAAAGCAGAUUGGGGCCUCGGAGGUAUGAUGAAUCUGGAAGAUAUCGGUGGUAGAAGCAAAGGCUCGAUCGCCUGGGGAGGAUAUCCAAACCUUCAGUGGUGGAUCAAUCGUAAAGAUGGAGUAUGCGGUAUAUGGGGCUCGCAGCUAAUUCCACCUGGAGAUCCAAAGACAAAUCGAUUGAUUACUGUUUUUGAGGACGAAAUACAUAGGAAAGCGAGUGUUUCUCGGGAGAAGUUGUGA